AUGGAGACUUUAUGUUACGCUGGUUCUUCUAUUGAAGAAGAAGUAGAAAAAAGCCUUUGCCUUUCUUUGGGUAAGGUUCGGGUAAAGACGGACAAGUUUGAGAAUGAGAAACCUGGUUUCUCUGUGCAUAAUGGUAACAAUACUUGUUUGGGUUCGUCUUCUAAUGCCUCUCCAAGCAAAACCCAACAAGCACAGCCUGAUGUUUAUCCCAAAUACGAAAGCGGAUUUGAAAAUUCGCCUAGAGUUCCAGUGCCAUUGUAUCCACAAAGUAUCUGGAGAGAUCAUAUUUUGAAUGGUGGAGGACACAUUCUGGGUUCAAACAACCUGAAUCGGCAUGCCAAUGCUUAUCAACCAAAGAACCCUCUUGGUAACCUGACAGAAGAAACUACAAAAUCAAGAUUAAGUCGUGGAGCAACAUCUCCAUCUUUCUGCAACUGGGCAAACCAGCUCAACCCUUGUCUUAAUAAUUGGUACCAAAGUUCAGGAGAACAAUAUUACAGAAGCAAUGAAAGGAUUGGAAUGUAUUCAAAUGGUGAUCGGUAUCCAAGUUCUGGAAUAUCUAGUUAUAUGGGGACUCAGUCAAGCUUUAACAAUGAUGGAUGCCAUGGUGAUCAGAUAUUUAAGCUGCGGUCUUAUGCCGAUAUAGCUCGACUCGCUAUGACGCAACCCGGAUCACAGAGCUUAAUAAAUAUCAUGGUGGCUUCUAAGGACCCAUUCGCUAAGGAUAUGAUUUUUACUGGGGUUUUCGGUUCCAUAUUCGAGGUGAUGAAUGACUCACAUGGAUACUAUGUUUUUGGGAAGCUUAUUGAAUCAUGCAAUUACGGUCAGUUAAGACACAUUGUAGCACUGAUGACUUUGAAUACUGAAUCACUUGUCAGCAUAUCAACCAGAAAAUUUGGAUCAAAAUCAAUUCAGAGGCUUGUCAAGGUGCUUGAGAAAUCACCCUUGAUUUACACCUUGACAUUAGCUCUAUCCAGUGUAUUGGGGCAACUGAUGACCAACCGAACAGGGUCGUUUGUUAUAUUGAAGUGCUUAAACCUCCUUGACACACAGAAAAAUGAGAAAAUAUACGAAACUGCUGAAAGGCUUUGCAUCACUCUGGCCCAGAAUGAAAAGGGAUGCAUAUACUUGAAUGAGUUCAUCACCUACAGUAAAACUCCAUACAGAGAGAGACUCAUGAAUGAAAUCUCAAGCAAAUCAAAACUCCUUUCUCAGGAUCCUUCAGGGAACUUUGUUGUCCAGCACGUCCUGGGACUCCAUAACCCUGUCUUCUCUGCAAAGAUAUGCUUUGAGCUGAGGGAUCUGUACAUAAAGCUCUCUUCACAAAGAGGUGGGAGUCAUGUUGUAGAGAAAUGCUUGAACUCUUCUGAGACAGAUUAUGUAGUAAAUGCUUUUCUCAAGUAUGAAAAACUGUCGCAAAUUGCGCGGGACCAAUUUGGAAACUACGUGAUCCAAACAGCAUUGAAGGCCACAAAGCGUGCAAAUAGUCCCCUUUAUCAAAUGCUUUUAGCAAAGCUCGAACAAAAUCGGAAUGAACUCAUGAGUGGAUUUGGAAGGAAAGUGCUGAGUUUCAUUGACAGUGGCGUCCCCCUAGAGUAACUAUGAUUGAUUGAUUGAUCUCAUCAGAAGGAGCUCAAUUUCAAAGCAACUGUUAGUGUUAGUGUUACGUUGUUGUUGUGCAAUUUUGUUUGUCUUUUAAAAGCCUCAGGAGUCAAAGGUUAGGGCCACCCACCCUUAUUGUUUCAACUCAUCCAACUAGAAGAGUAGUUGAUGAGUGCUUUAGUAUAAUUUGUAGGAAAAAUGUAAGUUUGUUUCUUCUGGUAUUGUAAUGUAUACGUCUGGUGUGAUUCAA